CCUCUCACAUCUAUAUAUCAUUUCUACUCAAACACUUCUCAAAAUCACUCUCUCUUCUUCUCCCAUUCAGUUUGUAUCGAAGAGUUUUUUCUCUUCCUUUUUUCUACUCUUUGUACCUUUCUCUUUUUGUUAUAUCUUGAAGAUUAAUUCUUGAGAGCAACCCUCUUUUUAUUUCCCCCCUUCAAUUCUUGACCCUCUAUCCAGCCACUUACAAAGUGAUGGAUAAUUUUGAUAUCUUCUAUGAACUUGAACCACUCUUUGAUGGUGAUGAAUGGGACCAUCGAAAGAUUUCACCUAAUCAAAUCCACAAAGAAGAUCAAAUUCUUAUAAAUAAGGAACAAAAGAAAGAACCUACUGGUGAUGAUCAAAAAAUUGUCAUGCAAGAAAAUGGCCAAGAACAAAAAAGUAACACAGAAAUAAAAGAUUUGAAAGCAGAUGAUGAUGUUAAGGGUAAAAAAGAAGAUCAGAACAUUCCAACGGAUCUAACUCUUUUGAAUGAGGACCAACAAAAUGAAGCUAGUGAUGAUGCCGAAAAAAUGGCCAUGCAAGAAAAUGGCCAAGAACAAAAAGGCGAAAUAGAAAUGCAAGAUUUGAAAGAUGAUUAUGAGGUUAAGGGAAAAAAAGAAGCUCAGAAGAUUUCAACAGAUCAAAUUCUUUUGAAUGAGAAACAAAAGAAUGAAGCUAGAGAUUAUGUCAGAAAAAUGGCCAUGCAAGAAAAUGAGCAAGAACAAAAAAGUGACAUAGAAAUGCCAGAUCUGAAAGCUGCUGAUGAGAUUAAGGGGAAAAAAGAAGCUCCUGAAUCUACUUGUCAUGAGCCAUUGGUGGAAAGAAGAACUAACCCUCUUAGGGUUAGUAGAAGGGCUACUCCAGUGGAAGUAAGGCCAAAACGUAAGAGGAUUAAUGCUGCGGAUUCUACCUUGCCUGAUGACUGGGAUAUUGAAGUUCGAGUUAGAAAAAAUGGAAGCACUUCUGGCCACAAAGAUACGUACUACAUUGAGAAAAGUACAGGCAAAGUUUGCCGGUCAAGGAUGGAUGUCCUUAGAUAUCAACAAUCCAAGCAAGCGGAGUAAAGCUAAGUUCAAGAAGGAUGAGAAUUGAGAGGUCAAACAAUUGCGACUACAGUCUACUAAUUUGUAUUUUCUUUGACAUGUGUUGAACGAUUGCAUAUUUAAUUUGAGGAUUUUAUGUGGAAGUAGUUGAUACAGUAUCAUUAAUUUAAGUGCUGUUAAUAGCACUUGCUUUGUUGUUAACGAU